AUGUCCACCCCACUGAGGGAAUUGCAGCGAGUGAUAGACUCGGUGGCCAGUGGUGCAUUUCUACCGGAUCAAACCCGGUCCGGGUACUUUGUGACAGCUGCAGCCGAGGAGUUUGAUUCCUCGAGCGAAUCCUCGGGCGACGAGGAGGAUGUUGAGGAUGCCAAAGCCGAGGAAGCCAUCGAUGCGAUCGCAGGUCAUUGGCAAGGAACUCGUGACAUUUCCUGGUCAAAAGUGGCUGCAGUCUUUUUCAGACACAGCACCAGUCGGUGCAUCCAUGUCUUGCAGGAUGAAGCAGGACUCAGUGCAGAAGUCAUUCAGCUUUUCAAAGAUGGUGGCAUAGCAACAUUGGGAAAUCUUGCAUUUGCGUCAUCUUACGUGCCUGGAAGUUCAGAUGACUCCCCAUUUACAGAUCUUGUGAAGAAGGUGCUGGGCCGUGAAGGCUCCUUAGGAGAAAUGGCCAUGAUCAGGCGACUUUUCAAUGAGUCGUAUGCCGCGACCUCAGCUGAGAUGAAAACGUUGGUCGAACAGACGGACGAAGCCCCAAAUAGAAAGUUAGCUGCUGCAGAGAGGGCUGAACGGUUUUCGUCACAACAGAAGAGACUGAAAGGCAUAAACAUGCAAGGCCAGAUGGAACCUGGAGACUCACUUGUGGAUCUUGCAGUCAAUAUUUAUGAGUCUGACAGACUUCGAUACAUUCCGUGGGAAAGUUGUGCUUCAAGGGAACAUGAAAUUUUGACCUCUUCAAAGAAGGACAAUGCAUUGACUUUUGACAGCAACGGUAAUCUUAAGAUGAGCAAGCGAGAGCAUGUGUCCCCAUGUGAAGUUUCAUCGGAGUUACAGAUCAAGUACUGCCUCAUCAGACGAGGCCUUGCACUGGAACAGGGAAACGUGAUUGGUUUUGAACUGCAUGAACAAUGGGCAGAAAAAUUGAUGGCAUGCAGACUCACUGAUCCACCUUCGGGAUAUUCUAGGGUCACUUUCAAACAGUUACAGUUGGCCGAUGCAAAGUUGUUUGUGGUGCUUGGUGAGAGAACCCGCAUGGGUUUGAAGGUGACACAGGAUGGCAGGCCAUGUGAUAAGGUCUUCAAGGCGGUCAUGGAAUGCCCCGAGGUUCAACAUCUUUUGCAGCCGAUGCCUCAGGCGUCACAUGCACCUGGCAAGACGGGCGAGAAGGGCGGUGCACCACCAGUCAAGCGCACCAUUGACAAACCAAGUCCGUCCAAAGGCAUUGGGAAGAAGGGUAAAUCAGGAGAAACGGCAGUCUCACAGGUGGAUGACAAACGACCCCGAAAGGAGUCAAUUUUUAGGGAACUUGGUGUGCCGAGCUUGGAAAAUGAGACGGUCUUCAUCGAGCUUUGUGCAGGUAGCGGCAUCCUCAGUUCUACUGCCGAAAGGCUGCAGAAGAUUUUGGAAUGGAGGCGCAUGCGAUGUGAACUUGAAUCAGAGGAAAAAGCUUUGCAUGCCAGGAUACCUCCCCACUUGCAACAUUUGGUGAAGGACAAACAGCCUUUAAUUUUGGGAAAGAUUGCGAACUCAAAAGCGCCGGAUUACCUGACUGAACUGCACAACAUUACAGACAACGAAGCAGGCGACAAAGGGUGGCUGGAAGGCCCGAUGUCUGCUGAACAAGUGAGCGGACUGCUGGGAGAUGUGUGGUUGCCGGUACAAAGGUUCGCCGUCAGACAGAAAAACAAACUGAGGCCCAUAGACAACUUUGCUGAAAACCGGGUCAAUGAAGCUUGGGAAUGUCCCGAAAAGAUCGACUUGCAUGCUUUGGACCAGCUCACUUGCUUAAUCUCUAUUGUUUGCAAGGUAGCCGCGGCCAGGGGCGUCAUUGAGAUCCCGUUGAAGAAUGGCGAGCGCUUGAGUGGCAAGCUGCAUGAGGCCUGGAACCUGGAAAGCCUCAAGUGUUUGAUCAGCACCUUGGAUUUGAAAGACGCUUACAAACAAUUUGGCAUCCACAAGGAUGACAGAUUUCUGCCUCGACUAUGGCUGCAGCCAAAAGGAAUGUUGAAGCUUCUUGGAUUUGGCUUUGCAGAGAACAAACUGGAGCCUUUCGCAACAAGUGCAGAGGUUUUGGGAGUUGUCGUUGACUGCGGCCUGGUGAGUGAGGUCAAGCUUGUAUAUGCGAUGAAAGAGUCGAGGAGGCAGGAAGCUUUGAGUGCGAUCGAGGACAUCCUUGACAAAGGGGCUGUCACUCCUUGUGUGCUGCCGUCGGUCUUGGGACGGCUACAAUUUGCGGAUGGGCAACUGGCUGGGAGAACAGGCAAAUUGGCUAUGGCAGACAUUCGAUCACUUGGGUUGCAUUCAAAGUCUAGUGUCAGUUUGGACAAUGAUGCGAGAGUUGCUUUGCAGAUGUUGAAGGAAAGAUUUAUGGACAACCGUCCGCGCACCAUAGUGUUGAACACCGAAGAAUGCCCUUUACUUUUGUAUACUGAUGGUUCAUACGAGCCAGGAGUGACAUCCGAAGUGGCAAUGAUUGGUGGAGUGCUAUUGGAUGGUACGGCACCGGCAAGGGUUUUUGGGAGCCAUGUCCCCAAGGACCUUCUGGCUCGAUGGCACAACGAAGGUAAAGAACACUUGAUUGGACAGGUUGAAAUGUACGCUGUUGCGGUGGCUAGGGAUGUUUGGAAGGAGCGGUUGCACAACCGGAGAGGCAUCAUUUUCAUCGACAACUGGCCUGUGUUGGAUUGCUACAUACCUGGAACAGCGAAACAGAAAACAUGGAGAGAAAUUUUGCUUAGCAUAGAAAGAGUUGACAAAGAAUUUCCAGCGCAACUUUGGGCUUCCCGAGUUCCAUCUGAGUCCAACAUCGCUGACCCGCCUAGCCGUGGCACUCUGGAACCUAUCAGAUUUUUGGGUCAGCUGCUGAUAGAUGAGCCGAAGUGUCCAAUGAACGGACAUCCACUUGAGACAUGUCUUGGCUGA